GCGCUGUGCGGGGAGUGUAGGGCGGGAGAGGGGCGGAGCAUAGCGAUGGCGACGAGAAGACUAUCAACUAAAGACAGGAUCAGAGAUCUACUGCCGAAAUACGAUAUAGGAAAUAAAUACUCAGAUCUGAUGCUCCCCAAAGCGUCAGUGCUCGUGCCUUUGUUGAUAAAGAACGAGGAAAUCUAUGUGCUGCUCACUGUCAGAUCAUUGAAGUUGCGAAGCAAUACCGGUGAAGUUUGUUUUCCCGGCGGGAAACAGGAACCGGAAGACGUGGACGACGUAGCUACAGCUCUCCGUGAAGCGAAGGAAGAAAUUGGUCUCUCUCCAAAUCAGGUGGAAGUUCUCUGCAGACUGGUCCCUGUAAUUAACAAGGAUGACAUUUUGGUGACGCCGGUGGUGGGCAUUGUGGCAGAAACGUUCGAGGCACAACUCAACCUGGAUGAAGUCAGCGAGGUUUUCGUGGUGCCUCUGCAGUACUUUCUCACCCCGGAGCAGCACACCUCCAACUCCUACAAUUCCCCCACUGGCCAAGUGGGGCUGCUGCACUUCUUCACUUUCACAGACCAUGAAUUCCACAAGCCCUUCACUAUCUGGGGGCUCACGGCCUUCCUCAGCAUCAUUGUGGCCUUCUUAGUUCUGGGGGAGAAGCCGUCCUUUAAGGUAGACUUUGACAUCGACAACCCCCUCUCGAGCAUGGACCGUUUCCUCCUGGCCAAAUACGCCACCAGUAAGCUUUGAAGUUUCGGAUCCUAAUUCCCUGUCGCUCGCGUGCUUAAGAUACUUUUUAAGUUCAGCUGGAAACGUUUAAGGGGUCCCCAGCUUGUUGUCAGCCACUGUCCUAUUUUUAAUGCGGUGACAUUUCUCAAAUUCCUACGAGCCAUAAUUCUCGCCGUUUUUAUUUUUGUUCAAGUUGCCUCUUCGUUCUCUGUUGAUGAAGGGCUUUUGUGACGUUUCGAGGUUACAGCUUUUGUUUGUAAUAAUAACACUAAUGAUUAUUAUUAUCAUUAAUAAUUCCUGUCGACUGCUAUUCACGACUGGCGAGCUAAAUCCGGUCUCUCCACUGUGUCGGUCUUAUUUAUCAUCACUUAUGUUGUUUUGAGCUGGUGGCGGAAAGUCUUAAGUUUAAAUAAAUACACUUAGAGCUGAAA